GUGAUUUUGCGAUAUCAAUCACUCAAAAAUGCCUUGAAAAGUCACUCAUUUCAAUUAAGACACUCACCUCAGUUCUCAUCCAACGGGCCGGGUCUUGGUCACUCACUCCUUUCGCUUCAGACAUCAGACCAUCCCCCGCCAUGAGCCCAAGUCGACUUCUCGCCAGGCAAACAGCCCUGGCCGCGGCCGCCGCCAAGGGCUCAGUUGCUCAACAAAGCCCCGCCGGAUAUCGGACCUUUGCUUCAGUCUCUUCAUCCCCCGUGAGCGCGGGGCGAAAUCACAAGGUUGUUGUUGUCGGCGGCGGCUCGGCCGGCCUCCCCAUCAGCCAUCAGCUCCUGCGCACCGGCAAAUUCUCCCAGGAUGAUAUCGCCAUCGUCGACCCGGCGGAAUGGCACCACUACCAGCCCGGCUGGACCCUCGUCGGCGGCGGGCUCAAAGAGAAAAAUGAGCUCAAGCGCCCGCUCCGGUCCCUCGUGGACCCCAAGCUGAAGCUCUACCCGGACUCCCUCGCCACCUUUCACCCCGAGGAUAACACCGUCACCCUCGGCAGCGGCUCCAAGCUGACCUACGACCACCUGGUGGUCGCGCCGGGCAUCAAGGUCGACCUGGCCAGCAUCAAGGGCUUGCCAGAGGCCGUCUCCAACCCGGACUCCAACGUGUCAUCCAUCUACACCUUCGACACGGUCGACAAGGUCUUCCCGACCAUCCGGCGGCUGCGCUCCGGCCGGGCCCUCUUUACGCAGCCGACCGGCGUCAUCAAGUGCGCGGGCGCGCCGCAGAAGAUCAUGUGGCUCGCGCUGGACCACUGGAAGCGCGAGGGGCUGUACCGGCCGGGUGCUGCCGGUGGCUCGCCCAUCCAGAUCGCAUUCGCCACCGGGCUGCCCGCCAUGUUCGGCGUGCCCAAAUACAGCGCCGCGCUCGAGGCGCUGCGGCAGGAGCGGGGCGUCGAGGGCCUCUUCGCCCACGACCUGAUCGAGAUCGACGGGAACGAGGCCGUCUUCGCACUGCCCGACGGCAAGGGCACCGUCCGCCGGCCCUUCGACCUGCUGCACGUCGUCCCCAAGAUGGGCGCGCACCCCUUCGUCCGCGACAGCCCGCUCGCCAACGCGGCCGGCUUCGUCGACGUCGACGACGCCACGCUGAGGCACAAGAAGUUCGCCAACGUGUGGUCGGCCGGCGACGCCAGCAGCCUGCCCACCUCCAAGACGGCCGCGGCCAUCACCGCCCAGGCGCCCGUCCUGGUUGCCAACCUGGUCAAGGCGCUCGAGGGCCGGGAGAGCCAGCCCGGGUACGACGGCUACACCUCGUGCCCCCUCCUCACCGAGUACGGCAAGGUGAUGCUGGCCGAGUUCAAGUACGGCGGCGUCCCCAAGGAGACCUUCAACAAGAUCGGCUGGGACCAGGCCACCCCCCGCCGCGCCUUCUACCACCUCAAGAAGGAUUUCUUCCCGUGGGUCUAUUACAAGUCCAUGGUUAAGGGUACGUGGGGUGGGCCCAAGGGCUGGAUCAACUAAUUAGAUGGUCGGGGGGAUAAACAAUAAGAGGUGAAAGAAAAGGAAAAUUAAAAUGUAAUUAACCAAAAGAUGAAAAAAAAAAGACAAAGUGAGGAUAUCACAAAAUAUUGUGACCUCUAAUUACUUAAUUAGACACACGUCUACCUGUUGUCGUGCGGAGAAAAC